UCAUGGCCCAAAAAGAACGGGCCCAGUCCAGGCCAGAAUCUCCUGCAGUAACUAGCAAACUAAGAUCAGGAGAGGCAUUAUUUUCAAAAUCGAACAACGAACAAUCACGCCGCCGAUCUCUGUUAUCUAUCUCUCUCCCCCACUAACACUAACCAGAGAGGGAACACCGCGAAUUGUCAUAUCUUAAUUCUAUUACAUGGCGGACGAAGAACUCGUUGAUCAAAAGAAGUAUCUUGAGGACUCUUGCAAGCCUAAGUGUGUGAAGCCUCUACUUGAAUAUGAGGCAUGUGUUAAGAGAGUUGAAGGAGAUGACAGCAGCCAGAAACAUUGUACAGGGCAGUACUUUGACUACUGGUUCUGUAUUGAUAAAUGCGUUGCACCAAAGCUACUCUCUAAACUGAAGUGAUAUGGAAGCUGUCAGGACACCACUUUCAUUUCCUAUCCGUAUGUUUUGCUUUGCUACCCUAGUUGACAUUUCUCAGAUGUUAUUUGGCUGAUUCGUGCCAACCCUUCCUCAUUUUGAUGAGGAAAACCUUUUGAAUUGGAAUAACAGAGGAUUCUUUUAGAUGGACUUGGAAGACUGCAUAAAAAUGUCAAUAAAAGGAGUGAUUCUGCCCUGCUGUAACUACGGGCAAUCAUGUUUGGAACAAUAA